UUAAUUGUUAACAACCAUUUUAGAAGCCAUUAAUUGUCAGCUAUUUGUGGCAAACAAUCAACACACUAUUCGUGGAAUGAAAUCUAAAAAAAGUCGAAACCUGUAUAAAACCGUCUUCGAAAUGGUUCUUAACAGUCCGAGUUUCACACAUCAUCACACAUAUUUCGUUCAGCUAUCGCCAGUUAUCGAAGCGUCAAUUCAAAUUCGGUGAAAUGCAAUAGAUAUAAAUACGCUCACAAAAUCAAGUACAGCGGUCUAGGUGUAUAUUUGCGAGGCCGAGCGUCGCGACGCUACUUGCCAACUCCAUCCUAAUCAGUUUGUUAGCGGCGGGCCACCUGAAGCAUCGCUUGACUUAAAUAAUUCGCGACGUUUGUUGUGUUUUAAUAACAUGAAAUUUUCUCGCAACUUUACGUUCUUCAAAAUAAUGAAGAACUCACCGAGAACAGAUCAGCGUUUAACGUGCCCUAAAACGUCUCGAAAGGAUGAGUAAGAAGUCACAACUGGUCAAAGUACGCCAUUCCAGUCUGGACAUGCCGGAUCCAGAAGUAGUUGUCAAGAAGAAGCAGGAUAUGCUAACCAAAGCAAGGAACAAGUUAUUUAACUUGGGUGAGACUUUGAAGACUCAUAAAAUAGAUGGAGACCAACAUAAGAAGACAGUGACUCAAGCUACCAUCGACUACAUUUUCAAGCAUUGUCCUAAAGAGAAAAACCAUGUUUAUGCCAACACUAACAUUCACACUAAACGGAAUCUCCAGAAGCAGAAUUCGGUUGGUGCUUAUCCGAUCAAAAUCGAGAUCACUCAAGACUCUGAUGAAGAAAAAGAAACAAUUAAAAGAUCAAGACCGGCUACAGUUUGUGUUGAUAAAGUGAGUGAAGGAAGAGAAACAGCAGCUUUGGCCCUGGAAAGGCCUCGAAAAAAGCUUUCGUUUCGGGAGCCUGAAAUUGUGGGUCGCCAUGAGCAACAGAAAACUCAUUUGGAAGUAGUAGGACUUAAGAGAAGUUCCAGUUAUUGCAAUGGGAUCUUGCAUCGAAGCCCCAGUUUUGAAGACUCUGAUUUGGAGAGCCAAGCUAUGCGCGUGGUGAGGACAAUAGGUCAAGCGUUCGAAGUGUGCCAUAAACUGUCGAUUACCGCUCCUGAGAACGAAAAUUUUGAUCAGGACGAACAAGAUACGCUUACUCAAGACUUGCUCAGCGACCGAUUGAGUGACAUAACGAGUGAUAAACCGAAGAAAGAUUUACUCUCUGAGGGUACCAGCGACAAGAUGUCCCUCCCUCCCGACGACGCGAGUUUCCGGGACUACAACGAGACCAAAUCGGCCAAACCCCAACAGCUCGACAUUCUCCCGCCCCCGCCAACUAGCAACACCCGAAAAUCACCCCUGACGUCAGCGGAAACGUACUCAUCCCCGCAUAGCGACGUCCUUACCAGUGGGAGCGGCAGCGGCGGUAGCAACUCGCUGCCGCCGCCGGGAAGCGCCCUUUCGGCACACCACGAACUGCAGUUGUUGAGGGAACAAUUGGAACAGCAGAGUCAGCAAACGCAAGCCGCAAUGGCACAACUGCAACUUGCGAGGGAGCAACUGGCCGCUGAGCAGAGCGCUCGUUUGGAGGCCCAGGCCCGAACGCAUCAGCUGCUCAUCCACAACAGGGAAUUGCUCGAUCACAUCGCCGCCCUCGUGGCGCACCUCCAAGGGGGCGAGAAGGUCAGUCAACAGCAGAGUCCCCCGCACGUAACGAUGCCCCAGCAACAACAACAGCCGGGGUCGGGCGAAAACUACUCCUCGGACCACCUCUCCGAAACCGCCCCGCUGGACAACAGUAGCGCUUUACAAGCUUUGGGUUUAAACCCCCAAGGCCUGAUCGAAAACCGAGCAGUAACAUCAUGUCUACCACCUUCGCCCCUCCGGACAUCUUACAAUCCAGCCGGCAGUGUGUUCAACUUCUCCUUCCCCCAAGUUGACGCCUGCUACGACCCCCAACUUCUCCAAAAACUCCAAAAUAUAGGCGGGUACCCUCCUUCAUAUGCUUAUAACUACACCCAAACCCUCCCUUACUUACCCAACUUGUACAGUCAACCGUUGAUCAACAACAACUACACCUUGCCGUCCCCAACUCAGAAGAAGUUGCCGCCGUCACCCAUGCCCAUGAGGCACUCCUUUGCUGGGAGUAGCCCGGGAUCGGAGCGCCGGGUGAGCCCCGCGAGAGGGAACGAGGGGACGUCCAUGCAGUACUCGGGGAACCACCUCCAGGUGCAGCAGAACGUGCAAAGACAGCCGAGUCCCGACAGGAGGGAUGGUCAGUUCAUUAAGCCCUUAUCCCAUAUGGGGACUUUAACUACCACUGAUCCUGACGGGAGGCUGCGGGUGAUAGUCCCAGUCCCGGCGAACUCUGCAGAAGAUACCGCGAAUCUGAUGGCCAAUUUGAGGUUGAGUGACAGUUUGAGGGUUAGUGACGAUCGGACUUUUAACGGACCACCGAUCACAAGAUCGACAAGCGAGAAAGUGCCCAAUAGGAGCGAACUUAUGUCGCAAGUGCAACGCACCAUGUGGGCAAGACAUACCACCAAGUGAUAAAUACACAUAUCUAAUGGGAGGGUUUGAAAUCGUUGACUUAAGGACUAAUUAUAGUGUUUUGUUUAUAACACACGUCCAGAUCGUAGGAAUACAAGUAAAUUUAAGCCUGUUUAUAUUAGAUUCUAAUAUCAUUUACGUGAUAACCAGUUUUAGAGGUGUUAGCAGUAAAAAUCAGAUCAGUGUGCGAUACUUUUUCUAGGCAAACUAUAUUUACUUGAAGGUUUUUCGAAAAACAAACAAAAACGAUUUACGGUUAAUACGUUUCAUUUGCAAAUGUUGUGUUUCUGAUUGACAGAUUUGUCUGUUAUAAUUUCCCGUGUGUUAAUUACUCAUUACUCAUCAAAGGGAAUACAUAUUUAGUUGCAAUUUCCAAUAAGAGUGAAAGGCAUUGCGAAAUUAUAUUCUGAACUAUUUCUUUCUCUUUUAAAACAACUAAAUUUUAUUCAAAAAAUUAUUAAUUGUAAUCAAAUCAGUCUUACAAGUUUUUCCAAAAAAGUUGUGCUUAUGCAGGUAGAGUAAGUAUAUUUUUUUAAAUAUUUGACUAAAAGAGAUGCGAUUUGCGAUUUUAAUGUAAUUUAAUGAUUCUUUAAAUUUGAUCAUGAAAUCGGCCAUUAGGGCCGUGUAACAGAUACAGAAACAUAACUACCACUAAAACUUGAUGUGUAAUUUAAAUUUUUUGAAUUUCUUAAGUCUUUUUAUUAGACUUUUUAUACACAUAAAAAGUUAUUAUGAAGAUAUUUCCAUUGCUUUUCACUUUGGUCCAUAUAAAAAUUUCACCAAAAACUUAACCGUACUUUGUAACGUUGUUGAGACUUAUAGUCAGUAUUGCUAGAUGUAUAUAUUCUCGAAAUGUCUCUUGUUUUACUAAAGCGAUGUUAGCAACCUAGCUGAUGUUAUUUUUAAUGUAUUUAAAUAAAUCUUGUUUUACUAUA